GUUUCUGGGGCUGCUGGGGGGGACGAAGCCAGGAGAAAUCGCCGGGAGGAAUCGUUUGAUCGUUUUCUCAUUCUCGAGAGUGAUUCUGCCGCUACAUGGCAGGGAAGAUCAUCGCGAACUUGCUCGUUCUUGGAGGAGGAGCGCUGGUGAAAGCUGUUGCUCAGGCGUACAAGCAAGCGAUCGUCAAUGCAAAUAAAUCGGGCGUUGCUCACGAGACGGUCCAAAACCUUGCACACAAGACAAGUAAGUCGAUGACCUUGCAUGAAGCAAGGAUGAUCCUUGGAGUGGCUGAAAACACUCCCUGGGAAGAAGUUCUACAGAAAUACGACAAGAUGUUUCAGAAGAAUGCGGAGAUGGGAACUUUCUAUCUCCAAUCCAAAGUUCACAGGGCAAAAGAAUGUUUAGAAGCCGCGAAACGGGCAGGGGGAUGAUACCGCGACGAUAGCAACGGGGGAUUCUUUAGCAACGGUGGGGGGGAAGAACGAUCGGCAUAAGAAGGUUUUGUAAAAUGGUUUAGCUAGCUAAGAGCGCAGCAGCUAGAGCGAAGCAUGAGAGCGAACGCUUGCUGUUUUUUUUUAAAUCUCACUGGAGAAGAAUAAGGUUCUUUUGACGGACA